AGUCCGUCACGCGUGACGGAGAAACAACAUCGAUGGCUGUUGUGAAAAUGAAACCGAUCAUGUAUGACUUCUAAGAGGACGCGGACGAUCCGAAUACACGGCGUAACGACGACAUUCACCCGAGUGACGUGUUGGCUGAACGGACUGCUCGAAACAUCUGGGAGGAACCAGUAACAGCAAUGGAGGCUGCAGCCGUGUACCUACACACUUCUUGAGACCAAGGCGGCCGUCACCAUGUCACACGUGGACGUAGAUUAUCAGCGCCUGGAUGCGUCGUACGGCGACGAUGCCCCGGGAGAAGAGGACCUGUUGAUGCACGUGCCAGAAGGAGCGAAAUCUCAGUGGGAUCACAUUGAAAACCUGGAUCUGUUUUUCCAGAGAGUUUAUAAUCUGCAUCAGAAAAAUGGAUUCACCUGCAUGCUGCUAGGCGAGAUCUUUGAGCUCGUUCAGCUGCUGUUCGUGGUGGGCUUCACUGUAUUCCUAGCCAACUGUGUAGACUAUGACAUCCUCUUUGCCAACAAGUUUGUGAAUCACACAGAUUCUUCGAAAGUCACUUUGCCUGAUGCUUUCCUCCCUGUGGACGUCUGUAGUGCACGUAUUACAAACAAUGCCUUUGUGAUUUUCGUGUUGAUCAUCUCCGGUGUGUUCUGGCUUCACCGGCUGGUGAAAUUCAUCUACAAUGUGUGCUGCUACUGGGAGAUCAGAUCAUUUUACAUUAACGCCCUCAAGAUGACUAUGUCAGAGCUUCCUUAUGCAACGUGGCAAGAGGUCCAGGCCCGAAUAGUUGAGAUCCAAAAGGAGCACCAGAUAUGCAUCCAUAAAAAAGAGCUGACGGAGCUGGACAUUUACCACCGCAUCCUUCGCUUCAAAAACUACAUGGUUGCUAUGGUGAAUAAAUCACUGCUUCCUGUUCGGUUUCAACUCCCCGUCCUUGGCGACGUAGUCUUCUACACUCGUGGUCUGAAGUACAACUUUGAGCUCAUCUUUUUUUGGGGACCAGGCUCUCUUUUUGAAAACGAAUGGAGCUUGAAACCAGAAUAUAAACGAGGUGGUAAUCGCCUGGAGUUGGCUGACAGAUUAGCAUCGCGAAUCCUGUGGAUCGGUGUCGCCAAUCUGCUGCUGUGUCCUGUCAUUCUUGUGUGGCAAAUCCUCUAUGCCUUCUUCAGCUACACUGAGGUGAUCAAACGGGAGCCUGGUUCUCUUGGGGCGCGACGUUGGUCUCUCUACGGCCGGUGCUACCUGCGCCACUUUAAUGAGCUGGACCAUGAGCUCAUGUCACGCCUGAGCAAAGGAUACAAGCCAGCAUCCAAGUACAUGAACUGCUUUCUUUCACCGCUGUUGACAGUGGUAGCCAAGAAUGUAGCGUUCUUUGCUGGUUCUGUUCUGGCCGUGCUCAUCGCGCUGACAAUCUACGACGAGGACGUGCUGGCAGUGGAACAUGUCCUGUCCUCCAUCACGCUGCUGGGAGUGUGCAUCACUGUCUGCAGGUCUUUCAUUCCAGAUCUGAACAUGGUGUUUUGCCCGGAGCAGCUGCUGCGAGUCAUACUGGCUCAUAUCCACUACAUGCCCGACCACUGGCAGGGACACGCUCACAAGUACAAGACCCGCGACCAGUUCUCACAACUCUUCCAGUACAAAGCAGUUUUUAUACUAGAAGAACUUCUUAGUCCUCUGGUGACUCCCAUCAUCUUGAUCUUCUGUCUGAGGAGAAAGUCGCUGGAGAUUGUUGACUUCUUCAGGAACUUCACUGUGGAGGUCAUUGGUGUAGGAGACACGUGCUCCUUUGCUCAGAUGGACGUCCGGCAACAUGGACAUCCUGCGUGGAUGUCUGAGGGUAAAACCGAGGCGUCCAUCUACCAGCAGGCCGAGGACGGGAAAACAGAGUUGUCCCUGAUGCACUUUGCCAUUACCAACCCUCAGUGGCAGCCGCCUCAGGAGACCACACACUUCAUCAGUCAGCUGAAAGAGAGAGUGCAAAGAGAAGCCACUGGGACGUCAGACAUCAUCCAUCCACUCUCUUACUCAGAGUCAGAGCCAAGGAGCCUCAUUGCAAAUCUUCUGGCCGGACCUUUGGGCUCCGUCCAUUUCGGGUGCGACACCUCUCUGACCCACCCUGCAGCCACUGGCGUCCGAGACGGAGCAUCAGCCUUGCAGUCUCUUUCACCUGUCAGCAGCAGCAUUCAAAUGAAAGCCAGCGCGGGUCAUGGCCUCAGGACCUUCGGUCAGACUUCAACCGUGAGCAGAAUGAUGGCCAGCUCUGGGGCCGAUGCUCGGACUGUGAGUUCUGGGAGCAGUGCGUGGGAGGGUCAGCUGACUAGCAUGGUCCUGUCUGAGUAUGCGUCCACUGAGAUGAGCAUCCACGCUCUUUACAUUCACGAGCUUCACAAACAGCAGUCCCGGAGCGAGCUCUCUCGUCACACCUGGCAUCGGCAGGAUAGCGACGAAAGCAGUGACAGCAUUCCUGAGGAGGUGAGGAGCGAGCCUCACAGGAAGAACCUCCCACGUUCCCAGACCUUUCCCAUCAUGCCAAGUCCCAGCGCCAUUCCUCCUUCUGCCUCAGCCUCUGGCAAUACUUCCGCCAGCCAGCAGGAGGCUUCGCCACACAGCAACACACAGCUGCUGAGAGCGGGGACAGGAGCUGCUGGAAAUGUGGGCGGCUCAGUUGGAGCAGCGCUUGGUGGUUGGUCAGAAGGUGCAGAUCUCAGACACCAUGAGGCACUACCAGAGGAGAGCUCCGAGGACGACAUGCCACCUCAUAUUCACAAGGUUACAUAACGCAGCUGCGUGAGCACGUUCCUACUACUGACCCCCGAAGAGGAAAGAGGAGAUUUCAUCAAUAUAUUCAGUCUAUGACAAAAAAACUCAUGUGACUUUUAACGUUAGAAUCGAUCACUUUCGGAAAGGGAAUGUGUUGCUUUUAAGACAGAAGCCUUCAUCUUUUAAUGUGGGCUGAAACAUGAACCAGCUCACUUUUAGAGAGUUCCUUUAACAUUAUAAAUGUGAAGUGCAAUUUCUUUUUUUUUUGUUAGCAAUGGUUAGAGGGUGUUUUUUUAAAGCACCGAAAAUUUCCCAAAAUAUCCCCCGAGCACAAGUGCAUGGUUGUCACCCACUAAUGCCACGAAAUGCUCAUCAUUUUUUAUGAUUUGGUUUUCUUUCAUUUUUAAUUGUACAGAAACACUUAUGCACUUUAAUGUUUCUUGAGGAAGGGACAGUUGUGUUUCUGUUGUGUCAAAUGUUAUUUAUCAAUCUACGGUGCCACAGUGACUGAUGUUUCAUGGCGUCGGCGGUAAGGUGUCAAAUGCCUAUUUAAAUGAGUGGAAUAACAGGUUGAGGCAAGUCUAUUUUAUUUUUCUGCCUGUUUUGUAUUUUACGUAGUAUUUUGUACAGAUGUAAAUCCAUCCAUUAAAUCAACAACCGUA